AUGUUCCUGCCCAAGAUGAAGGUGCCCACGGAGGAACUCAUGAGCGACAUAUUGAAGCGUCUGACGGGCGAGUCCGCGCUGCCUGUGUACAGCAACAUAGAGAAGUUCAGACGAGCUAAAGACGGCCUGUACUUUGUCGGUGAGGACUUCAACGAAACGGUGAAGAGGAGGGAGCUGGUCAACGCUAAGGAGCGACUGAGAAUUCGGAACUUGAACACCAUGUUCUCCCGCCUAAAGCGCAUGGUGCCACUUAUGCGACCAGACCGGAAACCCAGUAAAGUGGACACACUUAAAGCUGCAACAGAGUACAUUCGAUUGCUUGUUGGAGUUUUGCAAGACACUGACAGUCAUGAUGGCAGUGGGACUGAUUUUCUAAAGAAUGCAAUCACUUAUGGUCAGACUGAAGGUUUGAGCAAUGACCUAUGGAGAAUGGAUGAUGUGUUCAACAUGUCAGACGAGUGUUUGGAAGAUGGAUUCACUCUGCCUCCAGAACAAGUAACAGAGGACGGAGAUAUGACCAGAAUGGUGUUGCAACAUUGUGCGCUGCCUGCAUACCAGUUCAUCAUCCAAGUAGCACCUGACCAGACUUCGAUGUCUCAACACUGCUGA